CUUCCUUCGGCUCCUCGGUGGGAGGAAUUCCUUUACUGCAAAUGCUGGCGCUACGUCGGUUUAUUUACAUCAACGAAGCCCGAGGGCGAACUCCAUGGCGUCAAGCUCUGCUUCUUCCCCAUCGUCAUCUUUCUCUUCUUCUCCUCCAUCCUACAGCAGCUACUCAAGCAUAAUCCAUAUGGAUGGAGAUCAUCUCAUAUCCAUCCUCCUACUUCUUCCUCUCGAGUCUAUUAUCUCCUUCUCCAUGACAUGCAGAAGGUUUAGGUAUCUGGGAUCAUCAGACUCGCUUUGGAAGGAAAUUUGCAGGAGGGAUUGGGGUGGUGGAGCUGUGGAUGCACUUGUUGCUUCCUGCUCCUCCCACGACAGAAGAGAGGUUUCCUGGAAGAGCCUUUAUCACAGGAUUUCUCAAGCGGGUUUGCUUUCUUGUCGCAGAUUGUUGACGAAAGAUGGGGUUUCGCCCAGGCCCAGGGCUUCUCACUCUCUUAAUGUUGUUUCGGAUUGUCUUGUUUUAUUUGGCGGCGGAUGCGACGGAGGCCGUCAUCUGGAUGAUACAUGGAUAGCACAAAUCGGAGAUGGAUUUGACAGAGUCCUCAGUUGGAAGCAGGUUGGCUCAGGCACUCCUACAGGACGAUUUGGCCAUACUUGUACUGUCUUAGGCAGAUUUCUUAUUCUUUUCGGUGGCAUCAACGACACCGGAGUGCGCCAAAAUGAUACUUGGGUUGGACAAAUCAUUCAAGAAGGAUCAUCAGUGACAAAAAUAGCAUGGAAGCUUUUGGAUUUAGAACCAAUUGUACCUCCUGCUCGUGGUGCGCACGCUGCUUGCUGCAUUGGAGACCAAAAAUUAGUAAUCCACGGAGGCAUAGGACUAUAUGGUCUUCGAUUAAAUGACACUUGGCUACUCGACUUCUCUGAUGUCCAAAGUGCCAGAUGGCAUCAAGUUAUAAACACUCGACCAUCACCUCCCGCUCGUUCUGGUCAUUCCAUUAACUGGAUUGGUGACAAACAAAUAAUUCUCUUUGGCGGAAGAGGAGUAGGCUAUGAAGUUCGGAAUGAUUUGUGGAUUCUAGACAUCGAAGAAGACAAUCGUAGAUGGAGAGAGCUCAAGUACGAUACGCCUAAUAUGCCAGAGAUGCCCCUUCCUCGUGUCGGUCACUCUGCAACGAUGAUCAUUGGUGGAAAAAUUCUUAUAUAUGGCGGCGAAGACUCGCAAAGGCAUCGAAAAGAUGACUUCUGGAUAUUGGAUUUGGGUUCGUUAUUGAGAUAUCAAACCACGGGUUUGAAGAAAUACUUGAAAAUGAUGUGGAAGAAGGUAGAGGUGGAUGGGCACCCCCCUAAUUUUAGAUCCUUUCAUGGCGCAUCGGCUGAUGUAGCUGGAGUUCAUCUCUUUGUUUUUGGUGGGAUGGUGGAUGGCAUGGCUCAUCCUUCUGAGGAUUUUGGGCUGAGAUUUGAUGGUGAGCUGCACCUAGCAGAGCUUAUAUUCUAGUUUUAAUCAUGAAGGGCUCAUCUGCAGAACUUGUUGAAGAAUAAGUGUGCACAUUUUAUUGAAAUCUGGCUGUUUCACUGUCUCUGUUGUUUAAUCUCACUUCCCAUGCUGCAGCAAGCUUCAUCCCCUGAUUAAAGUGGAGGGUAUCUGAGGGCAUUUGAAGCCGGGCCCACUGAAUUGUUCUGAAGAUUUAUAUAUGGUCUGAUCAGAUGGUUCCAUUUGUAGCUCAAAUCUGUGAUUAUAAAUGCCUAUGAUGAAUUGCACCAACGCAUGGGAGGCAAGUGGGAGCAUCUAAGCACAGUGGAUGAGAACAUUAAAUAAGCUUUGUGAAUAUUUUCAGCAGCCAUAGCUUGUUCUUUUGAGCCGUUGAUCCAUUUUCAGUGAGUUUCUUUCCUUCAACAGCUAACUUUUUUGCUUUCUUGUAGUACUUGCAAUGACAAAUUUAGUAUUUGAUAUUUAGUGAAAAUAAGCUGAAAAUAAUGUAAAGAAUUCAAAGGUGCUGAGUUUAAGUGCUCGCGUACUAAAAAAACAACAAAUCCAGACUAUCUUUGUUGCUAAUGUCUGUUAGCUG